AUGUGCGAAGCAAACACCAAAUCACCUCGGCUGACCUGUACCAUAUUUGACGAAGACCUGUUGCAGACUUGCAGUCACACCUUGACGACGACGCCGACCGCGCCCUCGGGCCGCUUCACACUCGCAUGGUGCUUGAUGACGAUGCCAUACCUGGCUCAAAGCUAGCAUAUUGGCCGCUUAAAGGCGGUAGGCACCGAGGCUGCAGCGCGCUAAAAAUGCUACACUACGCCCCGGGGCCGCCUGCACUUGAGCAAAUUGUGCUCUUAGUAGUGCUUGCACUUGCAGUAGCGACAGUAAAAGCCACGGCGUUCUGGUGUGACGCUGGUUCGACACAAUUGUAUCGACUGAGCCCGGACCAGAACAUGUUAGCCAUCACUGGGCAGCUCGUGGCCUACAGCGGUGCAGGCUCGGACCCCGCCUUCGGCACCGCCACGCUGGCCCUAGACACUACCUCCAUGGUGCUCAGCCUCACGCUCGCGCCCGGCCCUGGCCGCACCUGGCCCGCCGACCCCGCCACCGUCUCCUACGCCACCCACACCAGCGGCGCCGCGUGGCUGGCUGCAGGCGCCUGCUCGGCCCCACUGGCUGGCGACCCGAACGGCGCGCCGCUUGCUGGUGGGCUGGCGGGCGCCGCCGAUCCCCUGACACUGGCGGUGCCGCUGGAUGGGCUGGGGCUGGCGCCGGGCGACGUGUGCGGCGGGCGGCGCGCGGCCGUGUACGUGCUGGCGGUGGUGCGGGCGCAGAGCCAGUGCAUCUGGCUGCAGUGGUACGACGGCGCCCGCGCCUGCCCCAACAGUGCCGGCUCCAAGCCCUUCGGCUUCGGCGCAUUUGGCCUGUCCUGCUCAGCCCCCUGCCCAGAGUCCCCACCACCCUCACCACCUUCACCACCAGCAUCACAACCACCGCCACCACCCGACCCGCCUCCACCGCCCAGCCCCCCACCGCCGCGGCCACCACCUCCCAGCCCGCCGCCACCAUCACCGCCGCCGCCCAGCCCGCCGCCUCCCAGCCCGGCCCCACCGCAACCGCCACCUCCCAGGCUUGCUGUGCCAGACAUGCCACCUCCACCUCCCCCCAGCCCGCCGCCACCCAGCCCACCACCUCCCAGCCCGCCGCCACCAUCACCGCCACCGCCCAGCCCACCACCUCCCGUUCCAAGCCCCAUGCCGGCUCCACCGCCGCCUUCUCCUUCGCCUCCCACCAUCCCCUCCCAAUUCCCGUACCGCACUUCCUGCCGCAAGCAGCGCGGUCCCGGCCUGUCGCCCUGGCGCCUGGGGCCCUCCGCGGCUGUGGGGCCCGGAACCGCCGGGUCCAGCAGCCUGUCUGGAUCCAGCGCAGGACAGCUGGCGGGCGCGCUGGCGGCCCUGGAUCCGGAGGCGCUGCGGUGGUUCUGCAUGCCGUUGACGUGGCAGCUGCUGGGCCGUGUCGUACGGCCGUACACCAGCCCGUGCGCGGGCAUGGAUCUGGACCGUGUGGACCUGCUCGUACGCGGCGAGUGCAUGUCCCAGGUACCCAAGGCGCUGCGGCGUGUGGCGCUGGGAGACACGCUGGUGUCGCACCACUUCACCAGCCACGCCUGGCCCCAAGGCGGCGGCGCCAAGGCGUGGGUGCUGUCCGUCACGGGGCUGAGAGAACUGGUCCCGGUGCCGGAGCCGACAGCGGGCCAGGCGCAGCCGCAGCAGCAGGCGCAGCCGCAGCAGCUCUGCCUGGGCUUCGCCCGGGACGCGGCCGCCACCAACGCCAGCGCCUGCGCCACGCCCGAGCGCUUGUGCUAUGGCUCGGGCGCCGACUGCACCUAUGCGCUGUUUGACAGCGGCGCCGCCUGCUGCCCCACCACCUCGACUGCCACCGCCUCGGCCACCGCGGCCUCCGCCUCGGUGGCCACCAGCAGCGACGGCGGCAGCAGCGGUUGACGGGCGUCGCGAGCUAUGGCCUGAUGCCUGCCAGUUGUGAACAGCCCUUUGUCGGCUGGGUGCAUCAGGCACACAGUCUGACGCCGGGGUGGCCGGAAUCAGGGACGGUGGCAGCUGCCUGAGUUGCGGGUGAGCGGUGAGGCGGGCCAGGAGGACGGCUGAGACGGCAGGCGGCGGGCGGGCUGUGCCUGCAUGCUACAUGAGGCGGCGGCACUGGGGUGCGCCUGGCCGCCGCCUGCUGCAUAAGGUAGAGGUAGCUAGGGGCAGCGGUGGCUAGAGGUGGAGGGUGCCGGCGCGCGGCAGCACCCGGGCCCGAUGAGCCUGAUGAUUGGCCGGGCCCGAUGAGCCCAAGCGGAACUGGAGGAACCAGAACACAACCAAGGUACAUGCGUGGGGGCGACGGUGGAGGAGUCAAGGGAGCCAGCCAAUCGCUUGUGAUGUAGACUUGGGGCUUUGGCUUUUGGCAGGGGCGGGGUUGAGUGGCUGGUGUUGAGGUUGGCAAACACGUUAGACGUCCAAACCAAUCCCGCGGUUGCAUCUGCGGCUUUUGUGAUUCCUAUGUUGCACGUGCCAGACAUGCAAGGCAUCUGGUAACAAACCCAGGCCCGGAUACGCGGGCAUGGCUUAGCAGGAAUGGAUUAGAGCAAAAUUGAGUGCAUGUGGAGGCAGUGGUGGGCUAGUUGAUCGCAUGAGGUGACUUGGGGAGCGUACCUGUUAGCCACGGUUAAGUUUUGUCAUUGAGUUUUGUGCAUCGCACUGGACGUUCACUAUUGAUCGCUGUCACUACUGUCACUGAGGGGCUGUGCAUUGGAUACACAUAUCGGAAGUUGGCACCAUUCUGCCGCCGCAAGUUCACUAGAUAGGUGUGGCACCGAACACAUCCGUUUGCACUGAGAUCACUCAGGCGUCCGUCAACCGCCUCCGUGCCAAACUAUGACUAGGGGGCACUGCGCAAUGUACACAAGCGCAUCUAGGCUUGGAGUGUGUGGUGUAGGCCCGGACGGGACGUGCUCUCAUGUAUGGCCAACACGUACUUGAUUGAUGCAUCAUCCGUGUGAAACUUUGUGUAUUGAUUGAUUCUUACAACCGAACCGCUGCUCCGUAAUGGUGCGCGCAUAAUGAAGCUAACAACGAAGUAAGCGCACCGGCACUUCUAGCACUUCAGGUCAUGCAUCAUGCAGCGGUCUGAAUGAGCACGGUGAUGGCAGGGGGCGUGUUGAUGGCAGGAAGGCAGGAAGUAACGCACGCGAUGAUGAAGGACGUGCGCACCACGUUUGUAAACCUUGCUUGCU